AUGGCGAUCCCAGUGAUUGAUUUUUCCAAGCUCAAUGGGGAGGAGAGGGCCAGGACAAUGGCUCAGAUCACUAAUGGAUGUGAGGAAUGGGGAUUCUUCCAGCUGGUGAACCAUGGAAUUUCGGAGGAGCUCCUUGAGAGGGUGAAGAAGGUCUGCUCCGAGUACUAUAGGCUGGAAAGAGAAGAAAAUUUCCAGAGGUCAACACCAGAGAAGCUGUUGAAUGAGUUAGUGGAGAAGAAGAAGGGAGACAAGUUGGAGAAUGUGGACUGGGAAGAUGUCAUUACUCUCCUAGACGACAACGAGUGGCCAUCUCAAACCCCAGGAUUCAAGGAAACCAUGGCUGAAUACCGAGCAGAACUGAAGAAAUUGGCCGUGAAGGUCAUGGAAGUAAUGGACGAAAACUUGGGUUUACCAAAGGGAUACAUCAAGAAGGCAUUUGAUGGUGGAGAAUCAAAAGACAGUGCCUUUUUUGGUACUAAAGUGAGCCACUACCCCCCUUGUCCACAUCCAGAGCUCGUGAAUGGUCUCCGAGCUCACACAGAUGCUGGCGGUGUCAUCUUACUCUACCAAGACGACAGUGUUGGUGGCCUUCAAAUCCUGAAAGACGGCCAGUGGAUCGAUGUCCAGCCGUUGCCAAACGCCAUUGUCAUCAACACUGGCGAUCAGAUUGAGGUCUUAAGCAAUGGCCGAUACAAGAGCGUUUGGCACCAGGUUUUGGCCACUCCUGAUGGGAACAGGAGAUCAAUUGCUUCAUUCUACAACCCCUCAAUGAAGGCCACCAUAUCCCCGGCACCUCAGCUGGUGGAGAAUUUUAAGCCAGAGGAGGAUCAAGCUUACCCUAAGUUUGUGUUUGGUGAUUACAUGUCUAUUUAUGCUGAGCAGAAGUUCCUCCCCAAGGAACCCAGGUUCCGAGCUGUGAAGGCAGUGUAA